AUGCCCGACUCUAACCCUUCCGCCAAUCCUUCUCCGAGUGACACAUUGAAAAAUGAUCUUUCUACCAAGGACCCCGGAACCCCCAAACCGGAGCGUACACUAUCAGAGAGACCUGCUCCCGCCCCCUCCCCUAGAUUCGAAACGAAAGCUACGCCGAAGAAUGGAACAAAUGAUGCACCGAUAGACGUCGAGACGCCGGCACCCGAUACCCCUAGUAGUGCCCUGCAGUCUGUCGCCGAUCGAGCUGCUACGCCGCAUCCGAGCAAGCACGACAACUCGCCGCCGUCAGCGGAAGAGAAGAGAAAGCAUAAGACGAUGCGAAUGGGUUCUCCGAGCGCGAGCGUGAGCGCGAAGGAUGAUAGAGUGGGAGGGGACCCAUUCGUCGACACGAAAGAUGGUGAAGGCCAGCAAAUUAUGGAGAGUAGUGCAGAAACUGGUCCUGCAUCAGGCACCCCAAUCGGAGAAAAAAUUGAUUUAAACGCUUUGCAAGUUCACAUGCAAUCCACAAUCGACAAAUUCCUCCCCAAGAAAUCCGGGCAAAUCUCCGAUAUUACUGCUUUCCAAGUAGCAACUCGUAUCCGAGUUGUUUGUGUAGAUCUGCACUUGACGCAAGAGGAGGCUGUCACGGCCGCUCCAGAACUAUUGCGGAUGCCCCAACCCGCUUCACCGAUCCAGACAUCCACUCCGCCAGCUCCUGUACUACCCUAAGGUAGUGGAGAGACGGGUCGUAGGAAUGCAGAGGGUCCGGGCGGUGCGUUGCCAUCGCCUGCUCCUCAGAAGACAACCAUGCGUAGUUCCUUUGGAGGACUAAAGCAAGUUGGACGA